UGUCAAAAACAUGUCAAACAUGAACAUGAAGGGGAAAUGUUAUUUUUAUAAUAUUGAUAAAUAGAAUGGGUAGCAUUUUAGAUUAGAGAUAAGUAACCUUCAGUAUUGCGCCAACUUUUGCAGAGAUCAUACACUCGUACUUUGUCCAGUUUGUAUACGAACUAGUUAGAAAAAUGAGCGACGUUGAAAGACUAUUAAAGCAAGCUGCUAUGCAAAUCGGUGCUGGUGGAAGUGCGGGCUUUGUAGAAGUCUGUAUAAUGCAUCCUCUAGAUUUAGUAAAAACGAGAUUCCAGCUACAAUCUUCCAGUUCAGCUUUAAAAAGUUCCGAUCCACACUACUACAAUGGCAUUGUAGACUGUAUGAAGAAAAUGUAUAAAUAUGAAGGAUUGACAUCAUUUUGGAAAGGAAUCUUGCCACCUAUAUUGGCGGAGACACCAAAGCGGGCUGUUAAGUUUGCAACUUUUGAGCAAUACAAAAGGUUUUUCAUGUUUGGCUCCAGCACACCCACACCAUUAACAUUUUCCUUAGCUGGUUUAGGUGCAGGUAUUACGGAAGCCAUUUUAGUUAACCCUUUCGAAGUUGUAAAGGUGACGUUGCAAUCAAACAAAUCGUUAGCUACCCAAGUGCCUAGUACUUGGUCAGUAACAAGACAGAUUGUACGAGAAAAUGGGUUAGGAUCAAAAGGACUGAAUAAAGGUUUGACAGCAACUAUGGCUAGAAAUGGAAUCUUCAAUAUGGUUUAUUUUGGUUUCUAUCACAGUGUCAAAGGAUAUAUCCCAGAAUAUGAGGAUCCUCUUUUAGAGUUCAGUCGUAAGAUAGCAAUUGGUUUUACAUCUGGAGUGUUGGGGUCAUGUGUUAACAUACCAUUUGACGUGGCCAAGAGUCGUAUACAAGGUCCACAGCCCAGCCCUGGCAUUGUCAAAUAUAAUUCCACUGUUGGCACAAUUAAUCUGGUUUAUAGAGAAGAAGGAUUUCGCGCUCUGUACAAAGGCCUGCUGCCAAAGGUGCUCCGGCUGGGUCCAGGUGGAGCUAUCAUGUUAGUCGUAUACGAUUACGUAUACAAUUUCUUAGAGAAUAAGUUCCAAGAUAAAACUCAAUAAUUUUUUUAUCAUAUACCAAAGACAAUUUUUAAAAUUUUAACGCAUGUGCAAUAUUUGACGUUUAUAAGUUACCAUAUCAAAUUAUUAUUUUUAUAAUGUUAAAAAUUAUUCGAAAUACGGUUAAAAACCGAUUUAGUAGUGAUAUAAUUGGUGAUUACAAUUGGUUGUUAUUUUUUUUGUGAUAUUUACCUUAGUUUUUUUAAGAGGACAUGAAAAUUAUGAAUGUUUAUUUUUAGCAUACAAAGGUUUUAAAAGUACAAAUAAAGAGGCUAGCAUUUAAUUUACAAUUUUAAAGAGGCCAAAUAUAUAUAUAUAUAUAUAUUUAUUUUUAAGCAAAUAACUUUUAGUAUUGUUGACUAUAUCGAA